CCGUCAUUUCCAUCUUUGAGUGGUAGAAAGUUGGGGAGAAGCCUGGAGUCUGCGGCAAUAGGUUUUUGCACCAAUGAAUCAGUGUGCACCGUGGUGGAUAGGGGCCACGUCUGAAGACUUCUCAUAAUCCUUAAUCGUCGUUGGUCCUAAAUUAUGUGGACUUUUUCAAGAUAAGAGUGUCCAGUCUUCCAGGCAGAUACUGUCGAAGGAUCCUACCCUUAGCCCAGAGCUGUCCUGGAUACACAAAUCGGUAUAUCAAAGAGGGCAUGGUUGUGUAGGGUGCGAAGCGUAAGGGGACCUAUCUAGCGAAGGGGAAUAUGUGUUUUUCCGACAAUGGGAGAACCUCCAGUUGAUCGCUGGUUGGGCACUGACCAGAAGCAAAGAACUCGUGGAAGAACAAGGCAUCGCAUCAGUUGUCGACGGAAGAGUGACUUCGUACUGCGAAUGCUACCAAGUCCAGUUAUCCUCUCAGUCAUUCUAUUGAGUGCCUAAAAUGCAACGACAACGGGACAAUGAGGCCACGGACCUGCACAAUGAUCUUGUUCGAAAGUACAAGAGACAUGGCGCUGUCAUCGAUAAAAUCUGGAGAGGUUUUGGGGCAGGCCAGCGCGCGAAGUGUGUGAAGGCCGGGGUAAUGGAGGGUGUCUUGCUCAGACACUCGGGGGACACUACCCUGGGCGAUAACUACAAGAUCUUUCCCGAAUGGAAUCUGCGCGACUUGACUGAACGGCCCGAACAUUUUCUUAGCAUGCUAGAGCACCGCAUCGAGAAAACGCCUAUGGAGCAGUACUGUUACGGGGUUAACGGUAGUAAGGGUGAUGCUGAUAUCAUUCAGGAGAGCAUGCGGACGCAGGGUUUACGCCCGCCUGCAUCUGAAAAGGACUGGUACAUGCUGUUUUCCGACGGGGAAUGGUACGGUUUCAGUGUUUAUCUGCCCGAAAAAGACGAGAAAUCGUUGGGCGGGUUUGUCCCGGCCAUCAGAGCGGGACUUGUGCCACCAAGUGACAUCGGCCAGCUGAUCUUAAAACGCCAAGUCACCUUGCUGCGGUCACUCAACAUCCUCAUUGACGAUAUCUUGGAUCAGGGCUCGAAGACGCGGAGUACCGACCAGCGCCCUAAGAAGCCAGGGGAGAUAACCACUGCGGCAUUCUCAAAAUUGAGCAUCUCACAACCACCCGCCAAGCUUUCUCUGGCCGACCUCGUCAACGCUGCCUGCGAUCAGGCGGCUUUCUUCAAGGAACGCAUAGAGCUCUGCUCAGAACCGGCUGUUCUUGCACACGACGUCAGUUUCUGGUUCUGCAGCCGGCCAGAGAUCCUCCCAGACGAGAAAGGACGUCGUUUGCCGGUGGUUUCUGACAAGUAUGUCAGUGCCAGCGUCUUUUACGCUGUCCAUAACGCCGUCAAGGCGGCUGUCCUGUGGAAUUACAUGCAUCAGCUCCUCGAGCCUUUCGAAAGCUUGAACCAAGACAAAGCCCACCGGACUAUCCUACUACCGGAGAUAGCCAACGCCGCCUAUAAGUGGUACAAGCGGAUGUUCAAUGUGUAUGACAGCGUUGGCAAUGCGCGCGUGACGCUCAAAAGCAAUCCAGGCGACUUGACGCGAAGCGACCCUCAACAUCACUACAUGCUCCGGCUCUGCCACCCCAUACCACCGCGGCCAAGGCCGUCGAAUGCUUAUCCCGAAGAGCGAGAGAAACUGGUCGAGAGCGAGUUCGAGUCUCUUUGUGACCUGGCCACCACAGUUGCCUUCAUCCAAGAUGUGACCAGUACAAUCUCAACGCCAGCUCCAUCCCGCAAAAAGGGGCAGUUGUUCUUGAUUGAGCUCAAGACCGGCAUUGAUCUGAGGGACUUUGCCGUCCCCAUCGACAACCUUCUAGAGCCGGGAAUGACCGCCGAGGCUCUAGAGAACCUCAACCAGUUUAUGGUUGACAAUGCCGGCGCCAAGCUUGGUGUGCUUUACGAAGAUCUUGUUUUCGAAUGCUUCUCCGACCUUGAGAAUCAGUAUCAACAGUACAAAAUCAAGAUCACCCAAGGCCAAAAGGACUGGACGCCACUUCCGGUGCCUGCCCCCGAGCCGCGAGAAACCUUGGUGGAGCAGCGGAAGCAGAAGGAAAAGACUCGUCCGGCCCACGUGUCUGCCUUUGAGGUCGGUCCUGAGGCGAAUGUGUCGACUACAGAGCCGGUCGUUGAGAAACAGACUUUCAAGGUCUCACCAGCGGCUGCGGAUGUUUUCAACGCCCUCUUCAAGAAGUCCGAGUCUCGAGGUGCGGUGAACUGGACGGUCUUUGAAGGCGCCAUGGCCGAGCUCGGGUUUUCGGUCCUGCCCAAGUACGGCUCGGUUUUCACUUUCAUGCCACCCGAUAGUAUGGCAGUGAAGAGGCCGUUCACCAUCCACCGACCUCACAAGUCUCAGACUGAAGGGUACAUGACGCUGGUAUACUCUCGGCGGCUCGCGAGGGCGUAUGGAUGGGAUGAGAAGACGUUUUCAGUUGCGUGA